UUUCUACAUUAACCGCAACCCAAGAACGAAAUCAAUCAGAACAUUGUUGUUAUCCGUAAGAAACACCCACGCGUGGGAAAGUGAUUACAUUUUAUAGAAACAUACCCUUCGGUAUCUGAACAUGGAAGACGAGAGCCAUCCAAAAACCCUCUACGUGGGAAACCUGUCCAGAGAUGUCACAGAGAGUUUAAUCCUUCAGUUGUUCACGCAGAUCGGACCUUGCAAAAGUUGUAAAAUGAUAACAGAGCCGCCUGAUAGCAGCAGGAGGGUGAACUCUUCUCUCGGAUUUUCUGUUUUGCAGCAUACGAGUAAUGACCCGUAUUGCUUUGUGGAGUUCUUUGAGCACAGAGAUGCUGCUGCCGCACUAGCGGCCAUGAACGGGAGGAAGAUACUGGGAAAGGAAGUCAAGGUGAAUUGGGCAACAACUCCCAGCAGUCAGAAAAAAGACACAUCCAAUCACUUCCAUGUGUUUGUGGGAGAUCUGAGUCCUGAGAUAACCACUGACGACAUUAGAGCUGCCUUUGCACCAUUUGGGAAAAUCUCGGAUGCUCGCGUGGUGAAGGAUAUGACAACGGGAAAAUCUAAGGGGUAUGGAUUUGUGUCCUUCUAUAACAAACUGGAUGCAGAGAAUGCCAUAGUACACAUGGGGGGGCAGUGGUUAGGAGGGCGACAGAUCCGGACCAACUGGGCCACUCGGAAACCACCUGCUCCCAAGAACAUCCAGGACAACAGUUCAAAGCAGCUGAGGUUUGAUGAUGUGGUGAACCAGUCCAGUCCUCAGAACUGCACUGUUUACUGCGGUGGAAUCCAGUCUGGCCUCUCCGAGCACCUCAUGCGCCAGACCUUUUCACCUUUUGGACAAAUAAUGGAGAUUCGGGUGUUUCCAGAGAAAGGCUAUUCCUUCAUCAGAUUUUCCACUCACGAAAGCGCGGCCCAUGCCAUAGUGUCUGUGAACGGGACGACCAUCGAAGGCCACCUGGUGAAGUGUUACUGGGGCAAAGAGUCUCCGGACAUGGCCAAAAACGUCCAGCAGAUGGAUUACGGCCAAUGGGGACACUGGAAUCAGGUGUAUGGAAACCCUCAACAAUACGGCCAGUACAUGACCAACGGCUGGCAGGUGCCCUCGUACGGACUCUAUGGACAGACCUGGAAUCAGCAGGGAUUUGGUGUGGAGGAUUCCAUGUGGGCCGCAGCAGCCGCUCAGAACAUGUCAAGGCAGUCACAGUCUCCGGCCUGGAUGGGAGGAUUUGGUACGCAGCCUUCCCAAGCACAGCCUGGCCCAGUAAUGCCAAACCAGGCCAACUUUGGCAUGGCUGGUUACCAGACACAAUGACCUGAACUCAUGACUGACACACACUCCCAUUGGCUUGUGGGAUCCAGCUACCUUUGUGUGGGACUAAAAUAGCACCUGGAUGCCUGUGUAGUCUUCCCCGCACACCUCAAAGCAUUUGGAAUUGACUUUUAACAAACUGGUUGACUUUAGAGAGCCAAGUGGGGCCUAGUGCUUUCAAUGGGAACUUGAAUCUAUUUACAGAAAUCUCAGUGUGAAGACUUCCCCUUGUUUUCAGGCCAUUUUUUCAUUUCAUUUGAUGUUGGAGAAAACGACAUGCGUCACCGCUGUUUCUGCUGGUUUUGUUUUACUGACGAGUAUCAGUUCUCAAGAAUAUUUCAAAAUAUUCUCAAUUAUUAUUUUGAAUAUUUGCGUAUUCCCAGAAAUAGGAAUUUCACAGAUGCAUUACCAAAAAAUCCCCACAAUUUAUAAUUGAUCUGAUAAUUCCUUUCUGAACAUUCGAUUCGGUUCUCCUGUCCAACUCCAGACAGCUGAUCAUGUGUUUUCUGCUUUAUCAUAAGAUGGACUUUGACUUUUGUAUAAAACGAUGAGCCUUCAGAAAGAGCAGUGUAAGUAAAGGCACCUUUAGGGUUCCCACACCCUGUGUCAUGUAAAUGCAAAACUGUAUAUGAAUUUCUAUGUGACGUUGUGUAUAUUUAAUCCACUUUAACCUCCCAGGUUCUCUCUGAAUCCUCUAGAAUUAUUUGAUACAGCGUGUAAAUCUUUUUACGACCAUUCGCUUACACAGUGAAAUAUCUUAUCAUUCACUCUGCAGAGUGGUCGGAAAGGCCAAAUAUGUACAUAAACUUUGAUAACUUGAAUGAUAAUUUGGUAUGAAUAAGGGUUUAACAAGCAUGCAUUCUUCACACCCAAAUUCAGCACACACCUUAUGCUGUACAGCGCAGACGAGUGACUGACGGACUGAACCGAUUCAGUGUCAUUUCCAGACAAGCCUUAAUUUUCUCUGGUCAGUCACAGCAGAGUUCCAGAAGGCUCUGAGGCCCUGCUCCAGAGCUGUAGGGCUGAUUUUAGGACCCUGCGUAGACGUGGCCAUCUGCAGUUUUGACAAGUAUGGAGUGCCAUUUUUCUGCUAGUUAGCCGGGCAGGUGAGUGUGUAGAUCUUGCCCAGGGAUGUUUUCAGGGGAGCUGCAUGUUUCAGACUGUUUUGUCAAAGGUUGCUCAACGAACUGAAUGUAAACGGCCGAGGUGUUUGAAUAAAGUUUAGCAUUUGAUGAAAUUCUCUCUAAAGUGUCAAUAAAUGCACUGUUUGACUAGGAAAAA